AUGAUGCAAACAAAUAUCCCAAACUCUAGGUCGCGCAGACCAACAACACGCACAACUACAGGCUGCCAAACUUGUCGACGGCGACGUAUAAAGUGUGACGAGGUAAAGCCGUCUUGCCAAAGAUGCCAGCGUGCGGCCAUCGACUGCUCCUACAAGCCUCAGCUGAAAUGGCCACGACAAGGUGCAAGGAUGGGCAACAACCGCUCCCGACGGCACCGAGCACGGGUCGAUGCGUCAACUCAAAUGGCUUGUUCCCCCUUGAGCAAGGAAACGAGGUUGGAGACUUUCUCGGUAGACCGGCUCGAGGAGCCCAUUCAUGCAAUGUUCGUGUCCGCAGCUUCGUGCACCAGCGGACCCGACGACAACCACGACUUUGUACCCUGGAUGGAUCUUGGAAUGAAUCAUUUGUCGACAGACAGUAAUUCAUCACUCGUGUUGAUACCAUCUGACACAUUCUCUCUGUCCAUCUCAUCGCUUGGCGACCCAUAUCAGCUUCCGAACAUGGAACGCGAGGACAGCAUGCUUUUUCACUAUUAUGUUGCCGAAAUGUGUCCUCAAUGCAUCGUCAGGAAUGGUUACAACAAAAGUUAUCGCCAGGUCAUUCUCCCGCUGGUCAACAACUCCAACAUCCUACUGAGAGCCAUUUUGGCCUUCACGGCUAACCGCAUCAAACUGCUAGAUGAACGCUUCCAGACUAUUGCCCUUCGUCACCGGGCAGCAGUGCUACAAGGCUUGCAACAGUCACUCAACAACAAGAAGCGGACAUCCUUCUCAAGACUGGAAAUACUCAGCACGAUCCUCAUGCUAUGUUUCUUUGAGAUUUACAAUCCACGACAAACGCCUAAAGACCCGCAUGGCUUGCCCACAAGACCUUGGAUGACGCAUGCAGCGGGCGUCCGCAGGUUGUUGGAGUUGGGCCCGCUAGAGUCCCAUGACUCUCACUACGAGAAAGCUGUCGUCUCUUUUCUCAGCCAGUAUUUUGCUUCGCACAGCGUCCUCGCCUUUACAUCCUUGUCGCCAUUAGAGGAUCAGAUCGAGAUUUUUGACCAUGCUCAUUUCUGGCUGGACCUGGCUGACAGGCCACCCGAGGAGAUCAAUCCGUUUGCUGGAUGCUCCAAUGAACUGCUCAAAUCGAUUUUGGUCAUUACAUCGCGAAUGAGACAAGUUGCACAAUCGCGGUCGCAACUACUAUCAAGUCUACAACAGACUUGGGCCGGCAUGAUGGCAAAGCGCCUUUUCGCCAUGGACCAACUUCCACCCGCUGACCGCAUAGACGGCGUUGCAAGCGCGGAAUUGCCAAGCCGGCACGCGGAUCCGACGCCGACAACUAUUCUAGGAAAGACGUCCGAAGCCUUCCGUUUGGCCGCUGUGGUACUGCUGGGGAGUUUGUAUCCUCAGAUAGAUAUCACAGCUCACGAGCAAACUGAAAGGUGUCUGGAUCGGCUAGGUGAGAUUUUAAGCUCUGGCGUUGCAGUCCCCCAACACGGCGCACUUGGGGCUUCCAGCUACCUUUGGCCGUAUUUUGUCGCGGGAUGCCACUUGCAAACCCUGGAUCAGAAAGCUUCACUAUCACGGCGGAUCAGGCCGCUGUUUUCACAAAAUUGGCCUAGUGACACAGCGUCGGGUCAGAUUCUUUGCGUGCUCGAGGAGGUGUGGUCCCUCCCGGUUGGCCACAGGGCUGCAAUAUGCACCGACAGGAAUAGCUUCUUGUGGAAGAGCGCCAAGUUGAACAGACACCAAGUGCUUGAAUGGGUGUGA